UGUCGUCCCAACAUCCUUUGCGUGUCCAAUAUGGAAGAACUGGCGGUGGAGGUCCGUGGCUCCAACGGGGCUUAUUACAAGGGCUUGGUCAAAGAUAUCCACGAUGACUCUCUCUCCAUUGCCUUUGAGAACAAUUGGCAGCCAGAACGCCAGGUGCCCUUCAGUGAUGUCAGGUUGCCACCACCUGCUGACGCCAAGAAGGAGAUCGGAGAAGGCGAGGAGGUGGAGAUCUUGUCCAGAGCCAAUGAACAAGAACCUUGUGGUUGGUGGUUAGCUAAAGUCCGCAUGAUGAAAGGAGAUUUCUAUGUGAUUGAGUAUGCAGCCUGUGAUGCCACCUACAAUGAGAUUGUGACCUUUGAGCGUCUGCGUCCAGUCAACACCAACAAGGCCAUCACCAAGAACUCCUUUCACAAGUGCACUGUCCCAGUUCCUCAGGAUCUACAAGAAGCGUGCCAGAGUGAGAAUGCCCAUAAGGACUUUAAGAAAGCUGUGGGAGCCUGUCGCAUCUCAUACUGCCCCGAGACCAGUCAGCUAGUGAUUGUGUCUACCAAUGAGUCAACGGUGAAGCGUGUGUCUUUGCUGAGUGACAUGCACCUGCGGAGCCUGAGAACCAAACUGCUUUUAAUGUCACGCAACCAGGAGGCCACAAAGCACCUGGAGAACUCCAGGCACCUGGUAUCAUCCUUCCAGGAGGAGUUUAUGGUGAGACCGGAUCUGAUGGGCUUGGCCAUCGGAAGCCACGGCAGCAACAUCCAGCAAGCACGGAAGAUUCCAGGCGUCACUGCCAUUGAGCUGGAUGAAGAGACGGGCACUUUCAGGAUUUAUGGAGAGACUGCAGAGGCAGUUAAGAAGGCCAGGAGCUACUUGGAGUUUCUGGAGGAUUCUGUCCAGGUGCCGAGGAACCUUGUUGGCAAAGUGAUCGGCAAGAACGGUAAGGUCAUCCAGGAGAUUGUGGACAAAUCUGGUGUGGUGAGGGUCCGGAUAGAAGGAGACAAUGAUAACAAGCAGCCCAGACAGGAAUUGACACAGGGAAUGGUCCCAUUCACCUUUGUCGGUACUAAGGAGAGUAUUGGCAAUGUUCAGGUCUUGUUGGAGUACCACAUCUCUUACCUCAAUGAGGUUGAGCAGCUUCGUCUGGAGCGGCUGCAGAUUGACGAACAGUUACGUCAAAUCACCCAGGGUCACCGACCAGUUGACAGGGAGAGAGGAGAGAGGGGGGAGAGAGGAGGAGGAUAUAAUACUGACAGCAGUGCCAAUGCCUCUUCAUCCUCCGUACAUGUCAGUCGCUCCUACAACGGUCGAGGCCGUGGGCGCAGAGGCCACAGCUACAGCACUGGAUAUGGCACCAACUCAGAGCAGUCCAAUGCCUCUGAGACCGAUUCAGAGCGCAGGGAUGAGCUGAGUGACUGGUCACUGGCUGGAGAGGACCACGACAGGGACAGAGAUAGAGGCGCACGGCCACAAAGAGAUGGCCGCAGGAGACCAGGACCCGGCAGAGGCCGAGGCGGGCCUGGGGGAAGGGGAAGAGGAGGAAGAGGAGGAUACAGUUCUGCAGGGCAUCGGGACCAUGACGACAACCACGCCUAUGGAGUCUUGGAGACCAACACGGAGACAGACCAGACGGCCGAUACCGAUGCCAGUGAGUCCAACCUGCCUGCGAACCGCCGUCGAAGGUCUCGGCGACGCAGAACAGAUGAGGAUGCCACACUGAUGGACGGCAUGAGCGAGUCCGAUAACGCCUCAGUGAGCGAAAAUGGAAUAGAUGACUCUGAAGCUAAACCUCAGCGUCGUAAUCGUAGCCGACGUCGCCGCAUCCGCCUGCCUGAGGAGAGGCAGCCAGUGACUGUAGCUGACUACAUAUCCAGGGCUGAAUCUCAGAGCAGACAGAUGACCACCAAGGACACCAAGAAAAACAAGGAUGUGAGUCAGGUAGAUGUCAUCGCUGAGCACAGCCCACAGCCUGCCCCGGCAACCACCAAUGGUUCCAGCAACAGUGCUGCUGACGGCGAGGGCAACAACGGCACAAGUGCUCCCAGGUCUCCCACCGAAAGGCCUGCCAAAGUCUCCUACAAGGAGGACUCCGACCCACAACCUGUUGUUAACGGGCUCUCUUAGUCAGAUUUGUCAAAGAAAAUGGUUUCAAAUAUUCUUUGGCUGCACUCGAUUGAAUCUCCAUGACUCGGGAGCAGCCUCAAAAGAGAAUCUUAACAUUUAAAUACAACAAGCACUGUUCUUUUUUACUUUACAAAUAUUUGAAACCUGUUUCGCUGUGCAAGUUUUAGAGGUCUAAACCUUAACCUUCCCUUUACAUGUGUUCUGUCCAACUAUCCAUUUUACUACAGUUCUUCUUCUUCUUCUUCUUCUUCCUUUUUUUUUUUACCAUAGUUCUUCCUGUAUGAGCUUGCCAAAGAUAGUCAAACAUACACAGACUUACAGACAUGUACAUGAACUGUACUUUUCAGUCCUCUCUCCAUUUAACAGUCUGGGUUGGACUGAACACAGUAUUUAUACAUACAAUGCAGACAGGGAUUCCACUCAAACCCAUACUGUGGUAUGAAUGCAGCAGUACUUUUUUUAUGGUGAACAAAAAAAACGUCAUAGCAGGGGUUUAGAACAAAACAACGCCUGCCUUCUACCAGGUGGACUCAGAAAGAUGCUUCCACUACCUUUUGUUCAGGAUGUUUUGUGCAUCUGAAGUAGUUUGUAAAUUAGAUGUUCUGCAUGAGCAGUACCACGGUGCAGAUAGGUUUCUUGGAAUCCCAGGUAUGUUUGACAUACAUGUGAUCAGCUGUUGUGCCUUGAGAGUAGAUUCAACAUGUUGUUGCCUGGCUCUGCACACCAUCUGAAAUCCUUUCACUUAUUUCUGUGUUACCCGUUUGCCUUCAUCUGCUGCAGGUGAAGCAUAUAAGGUGUCUCCAUGUGCUAAAUGUGUGUACUGUGUGCAGCUGAAGGCAAACACUGAAUGCCCUAAAAGGAUUUCAGAGGCAUCUUUUUAAAAUCAGGUGUGUCUUGUUCUUAAUGUUGUGGGGAAGGGGGGGAUGAAUCCAGUUAUCCUUUAUAUAUAUCUGUUGAGGAGUUUGACAUUAGCUGCUUCCUGUUUUUCAAUAUGCAACCACUUCAGUCAUAGAAGAAAUGUUAUUACAGCGUGUCUGGAAGAGAAACAAACAAUAGAGGAGUUGUUUUCUUUGCACUGAAAUGUAACCUUUUUCUGUUAAAGAGCUGAUUGUAGUUGAGUCUGGAAACUGGCCCGUUACUGUUUAGUGCUGGACAGAAAUGUAGCCGUCAGCGCUGGGUUUCCUGGGAACAUCUCAUUACUAAACAUCGGGAAGGUUCAUCUUAAGUUCUGUUUUGUUUUCCUCCCCAGGAAAUUGUUGUACAUCAACAGAUUCAAAGCAUGUUUGCCGUAUUCACUUUUACACGCCCGCUAUUGCAGAGGUUCCGUAAGAACCCGAUAACGCUGGUGUUGAGAUGUUUCUAGAAAACCAGGCCCAGGUGACGACGAUGUCAUUUUCAUGGUUCUUCCAUACUGGCUGGCUGGAAACUGGUCACGACUGUUCCACUAAGGAAGGAGAUUUAUUUGGUUUAUUUAUUUUUAAAAAAUGUACAGUAUUUAAAAAAAAAAAAAAAAGUCUUCUUUUUCUUGACACUAAAAAUAUGCGUUACCGGGAGGUUUUCUUUUGAGAAAAAUGACAAUUUGGACUACUGAGAGUUGUGACAUCCCACGUGUUUUUGUUGGGUCAACUACAGUAUAUUGUUUUUUUUUUUAAGGAUCGUCUGGUUGGUUGAUGUGCAAUAUGUUUUGUAUGCAGGUAGUUCUUAAAUAAACUUGAUCUUCCAUGUAGAUCUAAAACCAA